GUGAUAAAUACAAACUACCUACCUACCUUUAUCUUACUUGAUAUUUAAUUUGUCUUAUAUAAUAUUUUAUAUAAUAAGUAUACCGUCUUUAAUAUGAAGUUAACUGUAGACGGUUUACUUGUAUAUUUUCCCUACGACUAUAUAUACCCGGAACAAUAUGCGUACAUGCUGGAACUCAAACGAGCCCUCGAUGCAAAAGGCCAUGGACUACUGGAGAUGCCUUCAGGUACGGGAAAGACCAUUUCAUUGUUGUCAUUGAUUGUUGCUUAUAUGAUUCAUAACCCAAGCCAUGUGAGGAAACUGAUCUAUUGUUCUCGAACUGUACCCGAAAUUGAAAAAGUUUUAGAGGAGCUGAAAAACUUGAUCAACUAUUACGAAAAAUGUCAAGGAGAGAAGCCAAAUAUCACAGGAGUCGUGCUCAGUUCUAGAAAGAACUUGUGCAUUCAUCCAGAUGUGUCUCGGGAGCGUGAGGGCAAGCUGGUGGACGGCAAGUGUCACUCUCUCACAGCCAGCUACAUCCGCGAGAGACACGAGCAGGACAGCUCAGUGCCCAUCUGUCAGUUCUACGAGGGCUUCAACCGCGAGGGGCGGGAGUCGAUGCUGCCCUACGGCGUGUACACGAUGGACGACCUCAAGCAGUACGGCGCCGACCGGAACUGGUGCCCCUACUUCUUAUCCAGGUUUGCGAUAAUGCACGCGGAGGUGGUGGUGUACUCGUACCACUACCUGCUGGACCCGAAGAUCGCGGAGGUGGUGUCCCGCGAGCUGGCGCGCGACACUUGCGUGGUGUUCGACGAGGCGCACAACAUCGACAACGUGUGCGUGGACUCGCUCAGCGUGGCCCUCACGCGCCGCCACGUCGACCGCAGCGCCGCCGCCCUCAACACGCUCGACGCCGAGGUCGCCCGCCUCAAGCAGGAGGACGCGACGCGACUGGCGCUGGAGUACGAGCAGAUGGUGGAGGGGCUCCGCGAGGCGGCGGCGGCGCGCGAGACCGACCUCAUCCUCGCCAACCCCGCGCUGCCCGACGAGGUGCUGCGCGAGGCGGUGCCGGGCAACAUCCGCAGCGCCGAGCACUUCGUGGGGUUCAUGCGGCGGUUCGUGGAGUACCUGAAGACGCGGCUGCGCACGCAGCACGUGGAGCAGCAGUCCCCCGCCGGCUUCCUCAAGGACGUGGCGGCGCGCGUCUGCAUCGAGCGCAAGCCGCUGCGCUUCGCCGCCACGCGCCUGCAGACGCUGCUGCGCACCCUGCAGAUCGCGGACCCGUCGCAGUUCGGCGCGCUGACGCUGGUGGCGCACCUUGCGACGCUGGUGGCGACCUACACGAAGGGCUUCGUCAUCAUCAUCGAGCCCUUCGACGACAAGACGCCCACCGUCUCCAACCCCAUACUGCAUUUCUCGUGCAUGGACUCGUCGAUCGCGAUGCGGCCGGUGUUCUCGCGCUUCCAGAGCGUCAUCAUCACGUCCGGGACGCUGUCGCCGCUGGACAUGUACCCGAAGAUCCUGGACUUCACGCCGGCGGUGAUGAGCUCGUUCACGAUGACGCUGGCGCGGCCCUGCAUCCUGCCGCUCGUCGUCUCCAAGGGCAGCGACCAGGUGGCGAUCUCGUCGCGGUUCGAGUCGCGCGAAGACGUGGCGGUGGUGCGCAACUACGGGCAGCUGCUGGUGGAGGUGGCGGCGGCGGUGCCGGACGGCGUGGUGUGCUUCUUCACGUCCUACAUGUACCUGGAGAGCGUGGUGGGCGCGUGGUACGACCAGGGCGUGGUGGCGGCGCUGCAGCGGCACAAGCUGCUGUUCAUCGAGACGCAGGACGCGGCCGAGACGAGCUUCGCGCUGCUCAACUACGUGCGCGCGUGCGAGAGCGGGCGCGGCGCGGUGCUGCUGUCGGUGGCGCGCGGCAAGGUGUCGGAGGGCGUGGACUUCGACCACCACCUCGGCCGCGCCGUGCUCAUGUUCGGCGUGCCCUAUGUCUUCACGCAGAGCCGCAUCCUCAAGGCGCGCCUCGAGUACCUCCGGGACCAGUACCAGAUCCGUGAGAACGACUUCCUGACGUUCGACGCGAUGCGGCACGCGGCGCAGUGCGUCGGCCGCGCGCUCCGGGGCAAGACGGACUACGGCAUCAUGAUAUUCGCGGACAAGCGGUUCAGCCGCGCGGACAAGCGCAGCAAGCUGCCGCGCUGGAUCCAGGAGCACCUGCGCGACUCGCUCACCAACCUGUCCACGGAGGAGGCAGUGCAGAUCUGCCGGCGCUGGCUGCGGCAGAUGGCGCAGCCCUUCACGCGCGAGCAGCAGCUGGGCGUGUCGCUGCUCACGCUGCAGCAGCUGCAGGCGCCCGAGCAGCAGCAGCGCAUCGAGCGCGUCGUGCAGAAGUAGCCGCCGGCGGGCCGCCACACACUACCGGGAACACUCUGCCACGCGGACCGAUCGCGAUGCUAGCGGCCAAAGUGAAGACAGAACCACGAGACGGGACACAAAACGAACGAUCGAAAAGAUUAGUGUCUCGCCGCGCUAUAAAGCUUGUAAUAAACAAGGUAAAUAAAAAGAUUUCAAAUUUUGUAAUAAAUUUUAUUUAUCAAUAA